AUGCCGAGUCGGUAUCUCGCGACAUAUCGAAGUCGGGAUGUUCGAGUUUCGAGGAGUGACUUCCACACAACACCUUCACGUGAAAUACUCAAACCGUAUCUCCUCGCCGAUAUUGGCGAAGACUCAGGCAUUACGGAGUGCCGGGUUGUUCAAUGGUUCGUCAAACCAGGAGACCGAGUGAGCCAGUUUGACGCCAUUUGUGAGGUUCAGUCGGAUAAGGCCUCUGUUGAGAUCACUUCCCGAUAUGACGGAGUCAUUGCCAAUAUUCACCAUCAAGCAGAUGAGAUGGCUGAAGUAGGGAAACCUCUUCUCGACAUUGAUGUUGAAGAAAGCCUAUCAGAUCUUGAUAAAUAUUCGACAGAAGUGGGAGCGAGAGAGGCUACUUCAGAUGACUCGAGCGUUGUGGCUACCAACGCCGCGGAAGUAGCAGUGAACACCGAUACGCCCAACAAAAUUUCCAACUCGGGUCCCGAGCCUGAUAUCAUAAACUCUGGGCUCAUUGUCCCAGCAGUCAGGGCUAUGCUCAAGAAGCACAAAAUUGAUAUCAAGGAUGUCGCUGGGAGUGGAAAGGGUGGAAGAGUGCUGAAGGAGGACGUGCAACGCUAUCUUUCUUCAGGAAUCUCAGCUCCGAAAUCCUUGUCCAAAAACAUUGCAACCCAGCCCACUGUCAUCUCACAAGAUCAAGUCGUACCUUUGACCCCGAUCGAGAGCCAGAUGUUCAAGGUUAUUACUCGUGCUCUUGACAUUCCGCACUUUGGCUACAGCCACUCUGUCGACGUCACUUCUUUGAUCAGUCUACAGCGUAGCUUCAAUGAGAAGCUAGACACCUCGAAAGAUAUGUAUGGGGAUGACAUUACGAAGUUAACCCUUCUUCCUUUCCUUAUCAAGGCUCUGUCACAAGCCUUCCUACACACAGAGACGGAUCAGUCAAGUCCCCGGUUGAUUAUCAAGGCGUCUCAUAAUUUCGGCGUUGCCAUCGACACACCUAACGGCCUUCUGGUUCCGGUUGUCAAAGAUGUUCAAGAUCGGUCCAUUUUUUCCAUCGCCGCUGAAGUUAAGCGACUUGGCGCACUUGCUAAAGAAGGUCGUCUCACCCCAUCUGAUAUGAGCGGAGCUACUUUCACUGUGAGCAACAUUGGGAGUAUCGGGGGUUCUGUUGUUAGCCCUGUCAUAGUGCCUCCUGCAGUUGGCAUUGUCGCUCUAGGCAGGGUCGAAGAAGUUCCGGUCUUUAUACAGGCUAGGAAUCAGGAUGAUACAUCAAUUGUGAGGCGUGAUAAGGCCGUUCUUAGCUGGAGUGCAGAUCAUCGAGUUCUUGAUGGUGCUUCAGUCGCGAGAUGCGCGCAGCUCGUGACCCAGGUAUUGGAGAACAUUGAGAAACUCGGCAUUGGACUACGUUAA